AGGAAGGCGAAGUACUCUGAGAACAAACUGAAGACUCUGAAGGCGAGGAACGAGUAUCUUCUGACUCUCGAGGCCACCAACGCCUCCGUCUUCAAAUACUACAUCCACGACCUGCCAGACAUCAUCGACUGCUGUGACCUAGGGUACCACUCCAGUCUGAGCCGGGCCCUGAGGACCUACCUGUCUGCAGAGCUGAGCCUGGAGGCCUCGAGGCGGGCGGGCCUGGAGGUUCUGGAGGGGGCAGUGGAGGGUCUGGAUCCAGCCCGGGACCGGCAGCGUCUGCUGGGCCUCUACCCCACCGCCUUCUGCCCCCCCGCACGCUUCAGCUUCCAGUCACACAUGGGAGACGCA